GAGAGACGUGAGGUCAUUGAGGACCUGAGAGUUUUUUCUUACAGCCUGGAGCCUCCGGAGUAAAUCCACACAAUGUGUGGUUGGUUGGGUCUGCAGCACGCAGGAGCUUCUCCUUCAGUUCAAUGCAAUUAAAAGCCAGUAAAAUAAAGUGUACAUGCUUUUCCCAUUGGAGUGUCAGCAGGGAGUUUAACAGCUCACUCCAUAAAUCUGUUUUCACUAUGGAUGGUUAAACUUUAAUCAAUAGGUGGAUUUGGCCUUGCUCUGCCCUGUUCUUUCUGUUAUCUGUUCCUGGUCGUAUGUGUUUGUUAUUAUGGAGGCCUGGCCUUGGCUAAUGAUUUGACAUGUUCAGUGCCGGACAGAGAUGGUCUUUCUUUUUUCCCAGGAAAUGUAUAUUGUAACAUAACAAGUCAUGCCUGUCUUAUUCAUGUUACCGUAUAAUGAGUUAUGAAGUAGCUUCUCUGCUUCUUGAGAUGUUUUGGCUUUGAACACAUGCAAGGCCAGCGGGUAUUUUCUGCAGGGGGGGGGGUUAAAUCAAAACUUUGCAUGUUACACUGAAAUAAUACUGUAUUUUACCACUUCUGCAUGAUGUUUGAUAAACAACUAAAGGCUUAUAUAAGCAGAAGUGACACAUUUAGGAUUAACUCUGUGAGUCUCGAUUUAUUGCACCACUGAGGCUUUCUUCAUAUCCAUAUCAUAUGAUGAAUGGGAUUAUUAUUAUUAUUAAUUAUUAAUAAUUGCAAAAAUAAAUUCUGCCUUUCCUUCCAAAUGAAUAAAAACCCCAAAUGAAGAUAAGUAGUAUUGAAGCGGUAGCUUUUCCCUUUGCACAAACUGAGCCAAAAAGUCAUUCACAGACAAAGAAAUGUACUUCUGAAGCUUGUCCUCGCUUCACUUUGAUGAAAUAGCAAGGUGAUAAUACAAUAAUACCUAUUUGUCUGAGCUGCUUGAGAGGACUUAGUUACUCAGAACCCAAAAAGAGAACAUCAGGGUUAACUCAAAGAAACUCCGCUGUUGAGCUGGUACGCAUGCAUUUCAUUGAAAGCACGUUUCCAAGAAAUAACUACUUCAAGACAAAGACUUGUUUUAAAAAACAAGUGUAUAAAAUACAUUUUAAAUAGCUGCAGCUUCUCUGUGGCAUGAACAAAGCACACUGUGCUGCGGAUGUGUAGGGAUAUGAAAUAGGGCUUUACUGGCUGCAUUGCUCAUGGAGAUCAUUGGCGACAUCAUCUGUAUGUAAAAGACUCAACGGCCUCAGAUGGCACUCAGUUUGAGUUAUCCAGGGCAUUGGAGUGGAUAGUCCUGAAGGAUGAAGAUUGAACCCCUGGCAGAUGGGAUAACACAAUUGAGGCUUUCCCACAGCAGGACGCGUGUUGGAUACCAAACUAUGUUUACUUUUAUACAGAUUUUGCAUCUAAAUUAAAUACACCAGAGAUGUAAGAUAAUAAACAAUUUGUUUUCCAGUAUGUGGUAUAAGAAAACCUUACUCAAUUAUUAAGUAUAAUAACUCUUUUGCAUGUGUUUCAGAGGUAUGGAUAUGAUGGGUUUGUCCAGCUGCACCAUCACUGCAAGGUGAGCUGCUGUUUAUUUUCCUGUAUGCAUGCACAGACAGGGUAGACAAGCCCUUAUGCAAUUGUACUGCACACAAUGUGCAGGGCACAGCGAGUUACCUUCCCCCGGCUGCACCCCCACCCUGUGGACCUUUUCAAGUCCUCAACAUGUGAGCAGCUGCAGGACUCAGCACGGUGCCACUGCAUCAGCGGAAAGAUUCCCUUCAAAUACCACCGCAGCGCAGCAGAACAACGCAGGGCAGCCAAUGCAACUUUCCGUGGCCGACAUUGGUUGAGCUUUUGGCACCAGCGAACUGCACAUAAGGACGGAUGGUUGACUGUGACACAUUGAUGCACUCAACCGUAAACCGUGUCUGGUGAUGAGCAUCUGUUAGAGUCUUGAUGUCAAUGUUAGAACAAGAUCUGUGAGGAUUCCAGGUCACAUUGUAACACAGGUGUAGGUACAGCCAUUGACAGGGGAAAACACUGUCCAGGUGUUUUUUGUGUCUGCAUUUGAAUACACCUCUAUAAAGAAAUUUUGAAUGUCAGGUGUAAAUGACAGUUCACAUCUCGUACGUUUUCCAUGAAUCAGCUGUCUGCUGCCAUCAUGUGGUUUUGAAGUAUUAUGAAAUCCCCCAAAAAGUCAGCUUGAAAGCUGGAAAUGAAAUGGUUAACAAGAGCAAUGUAUGCUGCCAAGGUGUCCGGACUCUGUGGAGGAACAUUUUUAAUCACAGUCACAUCAACAUGGGGGAUGUGACUGCUGAUCAUGUUGUCUUUCAGGGCGAAGCAGACAUGAUGAAGGAUGGAAAGCUGUUCAGAGUGAUUCAAGAGAACUGCUGGGAUGCAGACGCACGCAUAUGGGACAUGGAUCAACAUGGAGUCACAGUUCAGGCCCUUUCCACUGUUCCUGUGAUGUUCAGUUACUGGGCCAAACCUCAUGACACACUGGACCUCUGUGUCCUUUUAAAUGACGAUUUGGCCCGGACAGUGCACAGUCACCCCAAGAGGUUUGUGGGUCUGGGCACUCUGCCCAUGCAAGCACCCGACUUGGCCGUGCUGGAGAUGAGGCGCUGUGUGAAGGAGCUGGGCUUCCCUGGGGUGCAGAUUGGCUCACGGAUCAACAACUGGGACCUCAACGCCGCUGAACUCUUUCCUUUCUAUGCUGCAGCGGAGGAGCUGGGCUGCUCCAUAUUUGUCCACCCGUGGGACAUGCAGACAGAUGGGAGGAUGGCUAAGUAUUGGCUGCCCUGGCUGGUAGGCAUGCCGACAGAGACAACCAUGGCAAUUUGCUCGAUGAUAUUCGGAGGCGUCUUGGAGAGAUUUCCGAAAUUGAAAGUUUGUUUUGCACAUGGAGGUGGCUCUUUUCCAUUCACUGUUGGCAGAAUUGAACACGGCCACAAAGUCCGCCCUGACCUGUGUGCAGUGGACAACAAGAUCAGUCCGAGGAAAUACCUCGGUUCUUUCUACACCGACUCCCUAGUUCACGAUCCCAUCUCCCUGAAGCUGCUCAUUGAUGUUAUUGGAAAAGAUAAAGUGAUGUUGGGAACAGACUAUCCAUUCCCGCUGGGAGAGCUGCAGCCUGGAUCCCUGAUUGAGUCGAUGGAUGAAUUUGAUGACACACUGAAGGAUAAAUUGCUUGCUGGAAAUGCAGUGGAAUUUCUGGGCCUGAAACAAGAGCAAUUUCAGUGACAUGGAAAUAUGAGAUACAAUGCCAUGCCCAGUGAUUCAGUGUAAAUGCUUUAUACAAAUAUUCAUAUUUGGAUGAUUAAAGUGAAAGUUCACUCAAAAUCAAAAACACAUUGUCCUCUUACCCGUGGUGCUAUUCAUCAAUCUAGAUGGUUUUGGUGUGAGUUGCUGGACAUAUCAGUAGAGAUGUGUGCCUUCUCUCCAAUAAAAUAUGACUAUAUAGCAUACGGCUUGCGGCGCUGAAAGUGCCAAAAAAUUUAAAUCAGCAAAGUCUCUUUCAAAUAGCAUCAUAAAAGCCCCAAAAGGAUAAGAAAGAAAGCUCUUAUCAUUCAGUGUUUUCAGGGACACAUUUAUAGUCAAUACUAGUAUUACAAAGAACAUGCAGUUGCUCCAGAUGCCUUUCAUACUUAUAUUCCCGAAAAGUCCUCUCUUGUUAAAGUGAUCCCUCACUUUUUGAAAAUGAAUAUACUUGAAUUGCUCAAAGAAACUGCACUAAAAUGAGCUCUACUUCAAAGGAAACUAUAGUUUGAAGGGAUCUUUACAGUCAUGCUCCACUUCCUCCAUCGAGUUAAAUGGAAACUGUACUGGGUCAGUCACUUCGAUUUCUUGGCCAGUUGUGUGUAGCUUGUUGAGUUAAAUGGAAACUGUACUGGGUCAGUCACUUCGAUUUCUUGGCCAGUUGUGUGUAGCUUGUUGGUGAGAUAGUUUACUCUGUCAAUUAAUUGGUCUUGCUGGUGUUUCAUGUUCUCCAGUAAGCUCAUAAUAUGAACUUGAGCAGCUAUUAAAAAAAGAACAUUAUAAUUUGGUUAAAACAUUCUUUGGACAACUGAUGAAGACUGAUUUCACAAAAAAAUAUUUUUGAGGUGAUGGAGAGAGUGGAAGAGGUGGAGGAGUGGCAACUGUGCUGCUAGUGGUUGGACCUCUGGCUGUCUUUUUUGGAGGACUUUCCUUCUCACUGUCAUCAUCAGAGUCCCCGAAGAAAUUACUAUAAAGUGGGUUAGAAAAAUAAUUUUUGACAUCCCUGUCCACUCUGUCAUCACACUUGUAAUUUGGCCAGAAGGUGACACCAUCACUCUACCAGCUUUGUGGCACCACUGCUACCGUUUUGUUGUUCUGGAACUCUAUCAACUUGAACAUCCUGAAUUAAGGAAAGAAACAAACAGCAUCAUCAGUCACAGAAAUACAACUUUCUGUUCCAAGAAGUUCUGAAAACAAUUCAGCAACUACUCAAAAUAGGCAGGAAUAUGUGGCAGCUAGUGUACCAACAAAAGGAAAGGCCCAAUUUAUCUGAUUAGUCUCAGGCGUACCAUGUUGAUGAGGGCUAAUGUUUUAGUAUUUCAUUUGGGUUUAAAAACAGGUAUACCGUAAAAAUGUAAUGAUUAAACAGCAAUAGGCUUGUUGUACACAUUGAAGACAAGCGACUUACACAAAGUACUUAGUCAAUUUUGUAUCCAGUUUCACAUAGAUUGCAGUGAUUAUGGUGAUGUAGUCAGUGUCAGUUUUUGUCACAGUCUCUGACCCUUAUUUCACAUUAACACCAACCAAGUAAAAACUAUAUCGUCAAUUUUAACUGCUCACAUUAGAACGCAAGAGCUACAACUAAUACAACCAUAAAUAUCUAACCCCAAUACCAUCAUUCUCCCAGGGAAACAACAAUAUGACAACAAAAUUGGCUUCAUCCGUGGUCUUUUAAUUGGCAAUUAUAAAAAAGAAAAAGCAACUGUAUACCACCUGGACACUUCUAUUAGUUUUAGCUGAAAGAGCCAAGAUUUGUGUGUGUGCCAGUGUACAUUCGUUUUAGUGUAUUAGUGCAUUUAAGUACUUGAUUUUCCUGAAAUAGAUUAAAAAUGAUUUAAAAAAUACACGAAGAUCAAAAGUUGUGGAGUUUAGUUAAUGCAGAUUACCUAAAAUGCAGUGGCGGGCAGUGCAUUUUAUACCUGGGCCUUCUGUGCUGUCCUACUACAGUUGAAUUACCUCCUAAUAACCUCA